AAUUCGGAUACCGAAGAAUCAACACCGUCAGCAGUCGAAGAUCUAGGGUAAACUAAGUGGAUUAAGUGAUUUUAGAAAAUAAAUUUGUGACCAUGAAGCUCUGGAUUGGGCUUCUUCUAGUGGGGCUGGCCAUUGAAGGCCGCGCCCAGCUUACCUGCUUCGUGUGCGAGAACUGUCCGGAUCCGUUCAAUCAGAACCUUUUCCUGCAGGAACAGUGUCCUCCACCAGUGCCAACGAUCGUAACGCCCCCCAAUGAGGGAACAACGCUUCCACCCGCGCCAACCCCUUCGGAUCCAAAUGCACCCACCAUGAUCCCACCGCCGGUGCUUCCGCCGCUAAAUCCUGGCCCUGGCCCUGCUCCGGCACCUCCAGGACCUGGCCCGGUACCGCAGCCUCCAGAGGGACCCAUCAUUACGCCCCCGCCGGUUGGACGCAAACGACGCGAUACGGAAGCCGCCGUCGCCGACAUCGAGGAGCGCCAGGUUGGCCACCGCUGCUUUGUCCUGACCCACAAUGGCGUAACACGUCGUGGUUGCACCACCCAUGGCAACGAUCACCUGCUGACCUGUCGAAACCUGAACGGAGGAAUCCAGCCGGCCGAAUGCCGGGUUUGCGACUGGGCCGGAUGUAACAACGGCAACGGACUGACCGUUUCGAUUGCCGCCCUGAUGGCAGCACUGCUCGUUGCGUUGAGAUUAUUCUAAAAAAUAGAAAUCAUUCACCAGAAAAACCAAAAUAAAUCGUUCACCGAUCAUCCCAAAUCUCCAUCACCGUUCAUAAAAAAAAAACAUUCUCUCUUUGUCAAACUUAAAUCGAACUUCAUCAUGAAUGUGUGUGUGCGUGAACUUGCGUGUGCGUAGCUGAGUGAUCACCAGCAACCAACAUACCGAAAUCGAGAAUGCUCAACAACAACACUGGUCAGGAGCAUCCCGCUCAGGGAGGGAUGCUUUCCGAAGAAUCGAGACGGCAACACUGGAACGAGAAACGAGGUCGCUGAAAAUUUUUAACGAAUUGUGUAAUUAUCGCUAAGCUAGUCAUAAUAAAUCGAAACUCAU